GCGACAAUAUGACUCCCGGAAGCUUGGUGGUCGUUUCCUAAUAACUUUUCUAUCUGCUUUUGCGCUCGUUCGCCGACAGCUUGGAGUAUUUUAAAAAGCGUACAGGGAAGAUUUGAUCAUGAUGUGAUGAAAUAAAAGUAACUUGAAAUAUGCCAAGCAUGGAAAACGAAACAAAAACAGCGCGUGUCGAUUCGAUUGAGGUUGACAACCUCAGCGACAAACUAACAGCAGAAGAGAUGAAGCUGCUAAAGAAGUUGAGAGAACAGAAGGCCAUUAUCCUUGCUGAAAUUCAGCAAUUGAAGUCUGAGAUCAAUGAAGUUCAGUCACAAAUGGAAGCUGUUGAACAGCCUGAUGAAGGGACUAACUCAAAACAACUUGCUAUUGGGCGAAAGAAAUUCAACAUGGAUCCCAAGAAGGGUAUUGAGUAUCUCAUUGCAAAUGAUCUGUUGAAUGAUACUCCUGAGGAUAUUGCAAAAUUCUUGCUUGAAGAAGACGGCUUGAACAAGACGAUGAUUGGUGAUUACUUGGGAGAAAACAAAGAGCCCAUGUUGUCAGUCUUGCAGCAUUUUGUUCAGCUUCAAAACUUCAAAGAUUUGUUGCUUGUUGAGGCACUAAGAACAUUCCUAUGGAGUUUUCGUCUUCCUGGUGAGGCUCAAAAAAUCGACCGAAUGAUGGAGUGUUUUGCCAAAAAGUAUUGUGACCAAAAUGAGGGUGUCUUCACCUCAACAGACACUUGUUAUGUUCUUAGUUUUUCAAUUAUUAUGCUGAACACAAGCUUACAUAAUCCCAGUGUAAAGGAUAAGCCAACUGUAGACAAGUUUAUCUCUAUGAAUCGUGGUAUAAAUUGUGGGGGAGAUCUUCCUAAAGAUUUAUUAAUAAGUCUGUAUGAGAAUAUUAAAAAAGAAGCGUUUAAAGUCCCAGAGGAUGACGGCAGUGACAUAACUCGAACUUUUUUCAAUCCUGACAACGAAGGGUACCUAACAAAAGAAGGUGGUCACCAUAAGAAUUGGAAGAAACGAUAUUUUAUUUUAAAAGAUAAUUGUUUAUAUUACUUCAAAGAUGUAAAGGAUAAAGAACCCCGUGGAAUUAUCCCGUUAGAAAAUCUUCAAGUUCGUGAGAUAAAUAGCAGUAAACCAUUCUGUUUCGAAAUUUCCGCCUCGGAGGAAUCAGGGGGGAUGAUAAAGGCAUGUAAAACAGAUUCCGAGGGGAAAGUUGUCGAAGGACGUCACGAAUCUUACAAGAUUUCAUGUGAGACAGAAAAAGAACGAGCGAAAUGGAUGAAAUGCAUAAAAGCUAGCAUGGUAAUGGAUCCAUUUUAUGACUUCUUGCAAGCGAGAAAGAAAAAAGCUACACAGAAACUGUCCUAGUUAAAAAUUCACUACAUUUUAAUAUCGGGACAUGUAGAAAAAAUAUAUUCGCAUCACAGGGGAGGGCUAAGGAUGUGCUCAUUCAGCACAAAUACGGCACAUUAGGACUGGGGACCAAUUUAGGAACAUCGUGUUUACGUCAAGUAAAUCAGCUCAGAUUUUUACCCUACCAAGAAGAUAAAUGGAUUAUAAUAAAGAUAAAUAUUUUAGACCAAGGAAUAAUAUCCUCAUUCAACCAUUUUUAAACUUCGCUUUUGGAGAAUAUCUUCGCUUUUCAUAUAUCAUGGUUCCUAAUGGCAGAAUUUGUAAAAUAAAAUAAAUAAUCAUAUCAUAAAUUAACUCUUGUAACAAAUACUAAAUAAAGAA